AUGGAGAAGACGAAACUGCCGAUUAUUCUUGGUGCCAUGACAAUUGGCAAGGCAGGCAAGUUUUCUACAGACGUUGCAGCAUUUCUCAAUGUGUUCCAAAACCACGGCCAUAACCAAAUUGAUACGGCUCGCUACUACGGAAAUGGUUCCUCUGAGGAAUAUCUUGGCGGCACGAAUUGGCAAGGACGGAAACUUGUUAUGGCAACCAAGGCUUACCCAUUUGGAACCCCUGGCCUGACUUACCAACCAGACGACCUGAGAGCCAAUCUCCUGAAAUCUUUGAAAGCUCUUAAGACCAACAAGGUGCAUCUGUAUUACCUGCAUGGCCCGGAUCGUAAUACACCGUUCGAGGUUACACUCCGUGCACUCAACGAGCUGCAUCAUGAGGGAUACUUCAACCACCUCGGAAUCAGCAACUUCAUGGCUUGGGAGGUUGCAAUGAUUCAAGAGAUCUGCAUCAGGAACAACUGGAUCCGGCCUAUGGUUUAUCAGGGUCUGUACAACGCCAUUCACCGUGGUGUUGAACCUGAGCUUUUCCCCUGCCUCAGACACUAUGAAAUGUCUUUUCAUGCCUUUAACCCCCUGGCUGGAGGCUACCUGACUUCAAGAUAUCGAGUUGGUCUCUCUGAUGUCGAGCAAGGGUCCCGAUUUGACCCAAAUACCAGUCAAGGUCAGAUAUACCGAAGCCGUUACUGGAACGAGGCCAUGUUCUCUGCGCUCGAUGAGAUCAGGCACGCAGUUGGACAGCACAGUAUCACAGAAGCAGAAUGUGCGCUACGCUGGAUGAUGCACCAUUCCAAAUUAAGCAAAGAUCAUGGCGAUGCUAUCAUAAUUGGCGCAAGUAGUAUAAAACAGCUAGAAGAAAAUCUGAGGUACUUGGAGCUAGGACCCCUGCCGGACGACGUGGUGGCGGUUUUGGAUAGUGCGUGGACCAAAGCGAAGAAAACAGCUGGAAAUUACUUUCAUUAA